GGGCGGGGCUUGGCGCUGACGCUCCUCCCUCGUGACCCUCGCAGGGAGCCGGGUCUAGCAGGGACCGGAAGUGGGAGCCUCUGUCAGUGGUCUCUAGCGGGGAGAAGCUCGGACUGACUCGCAGCCACUCCCACGCGUGCUCGGGCUGCCCCGCGAUGGGUUCGAGAGGAGCCCUGUUGUGGAGGCCGCUGCUGCUCGCGCUCCUGCCGGGGCUCUGCCUGGGUCAGGGCCACUUCUUCCCCGCCGACAGCGGAGGAGGCGGCGGCGGCCCGGGCUCAGUGACGCCAGCACUGGACCUCGGCGGCCGCCGCCCGGUCCUGCUGUCCGAGCAGCAGGUGCUGGAGGCGCAGGACUUGUCCCUGUCGCUGCUGCAGGGCCGGGGGCUGGGCCCGCUGUCUCUGUCCCUGCCCCCUGAUCUGCCCGAGCUGGAGCCCGAGUGCCGGGAGCUGCUGCUGGACUUCGCCAACAGCAGCGCGGAGCUGACGGAAUGCCUGGUGCGCAGCGCCCGGCCGGUGCGCCUCUGCCAGAACUGCUUCCCGCUCUUCCAGCAGGUCACCGGCAAGAUGGACAACAUCAGCCGAGCCGUCGGGAAUAUGUCAGAGAGUCAUAAUUGUGCCAAAAAUCUCUUGAUGUCGGACAGGAUGCAAAUUGUAGUGAUUCUAUCUGAAUUUUUUAAUACCACAUGGGAGGAAGCAAAUUGUGCAAAUUGUUUAACAAAUAACAAUGAAGAACUAUCAAACAGCACAAUUAAGUUCCUUGAUCUGUUCAAUCAGACUUUGACAUGCUUUGAGCAUAAUCUUCAGGGAGAUUUGACCAAUAUUCUCCAGCAAAGAAAUUACACAGAAGUGUGCAAAAACUGCAAGGAAAUGUACAAAACCCUGAAUGUGUUUUAUAGUGAGAUGCAAAAAAAGAAUCAACGUGAGAAUAAUGCUGAACCUGGAACACAUCUAUGCAUCGAUGUGGAAGAUGCAAUGAACAUUACUCGAAAACUUUGGAGUCGAACUUUCAACUGUUCAGUUCCCUGCAGUGAUACAGUUCCUGUAAUUGCUGUUUCAGUGUUUAUUCUCUUUUUACCAGUAGUUUUCUAUCUUAGUAGCUUUCUUCACUCAGAGCAAAAGAAAAGAAAACUCAUUCUGCCUAAGCGUCUUAAAUCCAGUACUAGCUUCGUAAGCAUUCAAGAAAAUUCAAACUAAAGCCAGAAAAAAGGUGAACUGAAAUUAUAUCCCAUGAAUAAAUGGUUGAGGAAGCAAACUACGCAGAGAGAAGACAACGAGUUCAUCUACGUUUUAACCAACAGUUCUAUUACUGAUUGCUAAAUGACUUAGGUUAAAGUCUUCAUAUAGGUCAGAUUCUUGACUGUGGGGCUAUAAGCUCAUUUUCAAAUGAGACUAAACUCUUCCCAUAAUUUUUUGGUACUUAUUUUGGGGCCCCUUUUUGGGUUAAGAUUUUUGUAGUUGCCAUGUGUAGCAAUAGCUGUCUAUCUUACGAUGCUUUUGUACAGUAACAAAAAACAGUAGGAGUAUUUGUUUAAAGGCAUAUCAAUCGUAUUUAACCCUUUGUAGAGUAAAUAUCUCAAAUAUGAAAACAAGCAAUUUUGAAAUUUAGAUAUUUGGCUUAUAAUUAGCAAAUCCUUUAUUUGUUGAUCUUAAUGAUUUGCAUCCAAGAUUUAGAGAAGGAAAUAUACUCCCUUUUAAUACAAGGGAUAAGAAUUCCUUUAGUUAAACAACAUUAAGCACGUCACUGAGAGGAAUGAAUGUGCCAGCCAUUUCAUAUUUGCUGUAAGUGGACUUCAGCAAAAGCUGUAAUUAUCCUCCACUGUAGUACUGCUCAAUAUUUACUAAGAUAUAAUAAUCUCUUGGACAUCUGCAUACAGUAUUUAACUAAAAUUUCUACUUUUACUAAAGUAAUUUUUGAAACUACUUUAAACCUUUCCAAUAAUUUAUAAAACAAGAUCCUUAGUAUAUAAAUCUAGGAAAAGAUUUAUAGUAAUUGCCUUGUUCUUACAUACCUUUUAAAAACAGUAUUUAAAAUGUUUUUGUCUUUAUUUUAAAACAAAUUGGUAUUGCUUAACUACUGUAACUUAAGUUGUAAUAAUUCAGGGCAAAAAGAUGUUCUUUGCAAACAAAGGAGCUACAUUUUAAUCAAAUUUUACUGCUUGGCACCUUAUUGUUUUAUUAGAAAAUUAAAUCAAAUGCAACCAUAAUUAUAUCAUUCUAAAAAUGUAGCUCUACAUCGAAUUUUUGUGUUAGGCUACUGGAUCAGUGUGUGUGGGGGUUGUUGGAGUGCAGAGGGAGUAAGACAAGGGAAGGCCAAACCACUUUAGGUAACAGAAAAAUAAGUGACUCAAAAGGAAUAUUUAAUUUAUUCUAACAUUAUUAAACUACUAAUGGUUGAUGGCACUAACAUAAAUGGCUCGAACAAGUAGUGUAUUAAUGUAAUGCUUUAAUUUUCAUAAUUCUGUGAAAUGUAUAUGAUGUGGUUGAAAUGAGGAUAGAAAUUUUGCCAAGCUUUCUUUUAAAAGUCAAUCCUAUUUUCUAAUGUUCAGUUUAACUUAAAAAAUAGCUUAGUGUCAGUAUUUGGCAGCUGUUCUCAGGUUUUUAGAGUUAGAGUUCUUUAUUAAUGCUUUUUUUAAAAUUUUGCUAUGUUUGACUUAAGAGAAUAUGAAAAUAAUUGUUCUUUGCAGAAAUUCACUUUUGGUAAGAGACUUCAUUUCCAUGUGUAAGUUAUAAGUAUAGUAUAUGAGAGAAGGCUGAUUCUUGGCUAUUUAACAGAAAACAAGUUUUUGUUCUUUCUUGGGCUCCAUUCCUAAACUUUCUGGAUUUGUUCAGCUGCCACCUUCUAUGCUGUUCCUAAUAGCAUUAUCUUGAUUUGAAAAAUCAUAUGAUUGAGUGCUGUUGAAAGCAAUCUUUUAUUAAUGCUAAUAAACCAUUUUCCAUGUCCAAAGUUAGAGAAUGACAGCUUUGAUACUCUAAGUAGUGGCUUCCUGGCUAAGUAGUUAUGAAAGUCAUUACUUUUGGAUAUGGUCAAUAAGCACUUUAAAAAUGAAAGGGCAGCCUUCAUUUUUCUUCUGACUGCUUCACAUGACUUUAGAAAUGGCAGUUGCAACAAACUUCUGAAAUAAUCCUGUUUAAAUAUUUAAUUGUUGUAUAAUCAUUGCAUAGUUCUACAUUCUGGGAAACAUAACAUACAUAUAUGUUCCUAAAGUGUAUUGUGUUAACACGAUAGGUUUUAAAAUAAAUUACCUAAAGGAAAUUUCAAUACUGCUUUUGAUUUUUUUUUUAAAAUACCACUGUUUUCAGGUUGUAAUUUCACAUUGCACUUUAUUGAGUUUUCAGAGCCUUCUUUUGAAUAUUAGGUAUUUGUAUUUCAACUGAAAAGAUAUUUACAUUUUUGGGUAACAUUUUAAUUUAAAAAUAAAAAUUAUAUGUGAAAUUGUGAAAUAUUGUGUAAUAUUACUGUAGUUAAAUUGGAUCAUUUUUACCUUCAGUUAAAUAACUGUUAUUUCUAAUAGGACCAAUAUUUUUGUAAUAGCAUACAGGGAGUUUACAUUUUCCGCCACACUUCCUUCUUAAAAUUACAUGAAAGAAUGUUGGUUUUGUAAACAGAGGUCCUGGGUUCAAAUCCUAGCUCUGCCAAAUACCAAAUACUACCUGUGUGACCUUAGACAAAUCACUUAAUGUCUCUGGGGCUUCAGUUUUCUUAUUUAUGUACAAUGAGAGAGUUUGACUAGAUCACCCCAGAGGUCCCUUCUAAUUCUGUGAUCCUUUAAUCCAUUUUCCCUGAGGAAUGAUAUUAAAAUUGGUAGUGGUAAAAUUGGUAGUUCUGUUCCAGGCCAAGGAUCAUAUUUGAUGAACACUAUGGCAGAGAAUCAAAGAUACAAUAACAUCAAGUAUCUGUAAUAAAAAAUUAAAAUUGUGCCCCAAGUCAUAGAAUUUAAGAAUUGGAAUGAACUUUAGAGAUCAGUUGAUCCAACCCCCUCCUUUUACAGAUGAAAAUAUUAGGCCCGGAGGGUUAGAGAGACUUGCCUAAGGGCACACAGUCCAUUGCUCACUAUUCCACACUGCCAGUCAUAUGUAUGUUUUAAAAAAACAGAUAUACAUUGAUUAAUCAAGGAACUUCAAUAUUACUAUGAAUUAUAUGUAAACCAUAUUAGAAAAGACAAUUAUGCUGUAUCAUAAAUGUGAUUUACCUAAAAUGAGUAUGCUAGCUUUAAUAAAUAUGUUUAACGAAUUUC